AUGGAGCACGAGAUGGAAUUACUAGGCAUGGCUUGUAUGGACGAUGUCUUAGACAUGACGCCUUCUCCUGAACCAGAGUCACCACAGCAAAAGAAGAAAAAAGCACGGCGUCGCGGGCCUCGUCUCACCGGAGUUAGCAAGCAGAGGAGAUUAGCGAACGCACGAGAACGAAACCGGGUGCAUAUCCUCAACACGAACAUCCAAGUGCUACGAGAGCUUAUACCGCUGCCACCACAAGAAAAAGAACCUACGAAAACCGAGAUCAUCUGGAUGGCAGCUAAAUACAUCGCCCUUCUUAGUGAUAUGGUGGAGCAAGAGCCAAUAGAGUUUGAAGAUUUUGUUCUCAAUGACUUGUUUUUAGACGCUUUUUGCUAA